UUUAGGGGUGGGACUUCAGUUAUUUCUAUUUAAACAACUAGACAUUGCACAUAGUCUCAACUGUGCAUUGAUCAGUCUUGUAUACCCAUCUAUAGAUUGUAUGAAGUGGCAGAAUGAUUCCAGUCCCUUACAGAAGCAUUAUCAACGGUGGACUGAAACCUGGAAAAAGCUUUACCGUCCGAGGAGUGGUCAGCUGCAACCCUCACAGGAUUGCAUUCAACUUCCGCCACCUUUUAGGGAUUGCAUUUCACUACAAUCCACGUUUUGAUGAGAAUAAGGUAGUGUGCAACUCUUGGGAUGGUCAGUGGGGUCCAGAGGAAUAUCCUGCAGGGAUGCCAUUUAAAGCAGGUCAACCCUUUGAGAUCUACAUUUUUUGUACUGAUCACUCCUUCAACGUGUGUGUGAAUGGUGUACAAGUACACUCUUACAAGCAUCGCUUUUGUUCAUUGAAUGGAAUUGAUGUUUUCGAAGUUACUGGAGAUGUGCAGAUAAAUCAUGUGGAGGCUUAGCGGAGAUUUAUUUUAAGGUUCAAGAUCAUCAAGUCAAUGUAGAAUAUGUUUCUAAUGCAUUUGCAUAGUAAUUUAAUUAAUUACUUUGUCGUCUCUUGGUUUGUAUACCAGUAAACUGCAUUGACUGAUUCUGAAUUGACAGAAAAAUAAACAUAAUGCAAAAAAUUGUCUCGAUUCUGGUAAUAUUAGCUUAUAUGUGCCUAAUGGGGGUUUUGUUCAGAUUGGGGGUGUUAUAACAGUAUU